GGCAGCGGGUCGGGAGUCGGCAGUCGGGAGUCGGGAGCCGGCCGGGCCGAGGCAACGCCGCGGGGCUAUGAUCCGGAACGGGCACGAGACGGCGGGAGGCGCCGAGCGGCCAGGCCCGGGGGGCAGGCGCCCCGUGCGGGUGUGGUGUGACGGCUGCUAUGACAUGGUACAUUACGGCCAUUCCAACCAGCUGCGCCAGGCACGGGCCAUGGGCGACCACCUCAUCGUGGGUGUGCACACCGACGAGGAGAUCUCCAAGCACAAGGGGCCCCCGGUGUUCACCCAGGAGGAGAGGUACAGGAUGGUGCAGGCCAUCAAGUGGGUGGACGAGGUGGUGCCAGCAGCCCCCUACGUCACCACGCUGGAGACGCUGGACAAGUACGGCUGCGACUUCUGCGUCCACGGCAAUGACAUCACGCUGACCGUGGACGGCCGGGACACCUACGAAGAGGUGAAGCAGGCCGGGAGGUACAGAGAAUGCAAGCGCACCCAGGGGGUGUCCACCACGGACCUCGUUGGCCGCAUGCUGCUGGUGACCAAGGCUCAUCACAGCAGCCAGGAGAUGCCCUCGGAGUACCGGGAGUACGCGGACAGCUUCGGCAAGCCCCCUCACCCGACACCCGCCGGGGAGACACUUUCCUCAGGAGGCUCCUCCCAGGGCCCUGGGGGGCGGAACCCCUGGACAGGGGUGUCCCAGUUUCUGCAGACGUCCCAGAAGAUCAUCCAGUUUGCCUCGGGGAAGGAGCCUCAGCCCGGGGAGACGGUGGUCUACGUGGCUGGUGCCUUUGACCUGUUCCACAUCGGGCACGUGGACUUCCUGGAGAAGGUGCACGGCCUGGCGGAGAGGCCCUACGUCAUCGCCGGCCUGCACUUUGACCAGGAGGUCAACCGCUACAAGGGGAAGAACUACCCCAUCAUGAACCUGCACGAGCGGACCCUGAGCGUGCUGGCCUGCAGGUACGUGUCCGAAGUGGUGAUUGGGGCCCCGUACUCCGUCACGGCGGAGCUCCUGGACCACUUCAAGGUGGACCUGGUGUGUCACGGGAAGACGGAGAUCGUGGCCGACAGGGACGGCUCUGACCCGUACGAGGAGCCCAAGAGAAGGGGCAUCUUCUGUCAGAUCAGCAGCGGGAACGACCUCACCACCGACCUCAUCGUCCAGCGCAUCAUCAAGAACAGGCUCGAGUACGAGGCCAGGAACCAGAAGAAAGAGGCCAAGGAGCUGGCCUUCCUGGAGGCCAUGAGGCAGCAGGAGGUGCGGCCCGGGGGAGAGAGCGACUGCGACUUCUGACCGGAAGAGGGAGGCCGCGCGCGCGCGGGGCUGUCGGCGCGCCGGCGCUCUCCCAGCCCUGCCUCGAGAGCCCGGCCGGGCCUCUGACCAAGCUGCGGGGCCCUCCUCGACCCCCUGGCCGCGGAAGGGCUGGUCCGAGGCUGCUGCCUCCCACCCUGCCUGCGAGGUGCCCGUCCUGCUGAACUGCACAGAGAGGGCAUUCAGCAGGGUGGAGCAGCCCAGCGGGCAGGGUGAGCAGGGGGGCACCUUCAACCGGAGGGGUGCCACCUGGUGUGCCAGGGAAGGCCCAGCUUCUGUUCUCCCAGCUCCACCGCUGCUCCCCGUCCUGCCCCCAGGAAGCUCCUGCAGACCCCGGGCGCCCCCCACUGCCUGGUCUCUGUGGGAGCCAGCUUCAGGGAGCAGUGACCCAGGGGGCCGCCCCUUUCCUCCUCGGGGUGCUGCCUCCCACGGGGCCAGCCCUGCCCCGCAGCGUGUCCCGGCACCCACACGCUGUGCCCCCUCUUCCUGGGCCAGCUUGGCUGCUCUCCCCACAGACUGUUCACGAUUUUGUACCUGGCUAGCUGAUGUGCAGCCGAAUAAACCUCCUGCUGGGA